AUGAAUGACCCUCACCGCUCCGGGCUUCAGCCGAUUUCCCACCUCAAGGCUGGGGCGACAACCUCCAGCUCCAGAUCCACUGCGCUGCCCGCCGCGACGACACUGCAGCCCCCUUCGCGUCCGUCCUCUCGAAUCCGAACAAAAAAGACCAGCAAGGAUGAACCAGCCGAUGCGGCCAGUGACCGGGCGACAAACGCCCUAAUCCGACGCGUUCUAUGUCCACAGACAAGCAGCUAUGGGGCGUCCUCUCCACAGCCUCCGGAAGAGCUGUUACCUCCCCUCACAAGCUCUAACGACGUUGAUCGUCAGCUGUACGCCCUACUCGCCAUAAUAAUUAAAGAAUUUGUUUAUUCGUGGUACUCGAAAAUCACCCCUGACCAAGCUUUGGUGAAUGAAGUGCUACAAGUCAUCGCUCAUUGUACACGUGCUCUGGAGCAAAGACUACGGCAAAUCGAUGUUGCACAAUUAGCCUUGGAUGAGAUCCCCGGACUAGUGGAAGCACAUGUCACUUCGUACAGACUGGCCAGGCAACGGUCGCAUCUCUCAGGGCUACCAACGUCGUACCGUGCGCUUUAUCAUGAGCUAAAUCCUCACCCUGGUCUUUCUCCGGUGCCUGAUCCAAUAGAUCCAGACACAAGCACGGAACAGAAUGAGAAUGAAAUAGUAUAUCGACGUCUGCUGGCAAACGGUGCCUUAGCAGUUCUCCUUCCAACCGAGGAUCUGGAGAACAGCAGUGUCCGAGCGCUGGUUGUCGAUGUCAUUGCAGACCUGAUCCUUGGAAACCAAAUCAGUGGCAGAGCAUGCAAAGGAUGGUUCAUCUGGGAAACUAUAACCAAACUCGCCGUGAGAGUGGGACAACGUCAAACCCCAGAAGACACAAAAUCGGUCUCAGACUCUCAAAUCAACCGGUUAGAGAAGUUUGGUUUGUUAUCAAAUCAAGACGAUUCCAUGAAUCAGCCAUCAGCGUCAUUCUCAGCCACAGCCUGGAUAUGGAAUGUUCUGCAGGGCAUCUAUCUUGGUUAUGUUGCUUUGCAUUUUAUUGUCAUAGGUCUGUUCCGUGUCGCAUCGAGUCCAGGCCCGUCCUCGCACGGAUUUAGUGUUUCAGUCGCCUCUUCGACUAUAAAUCGAAAGAUAGAUGGGAUGGGGUCAGACAGUGUCACGGGGAAGCGCCCGGUUCUCGACUAUCGGGUGUUUUCCAUGGCUUCAGAGAUUUUGGGAAUCCCCUGGAGAAUGCCAUGGCUGAGUGGGCUGUUCGCUUUGUCCCAGCAUCUGAUUCUGGCAGGCCCAGGCAGGGUUGGCAGUGCCGACGGAGUCCUUGAUAGAUUCCUUCGCGAGACCAUUGAGGAGUACGUGCUAACCCCCACUUUGUUGCCCAACCUUCUUCUUGCAACAAGGACCGCCUUGUUCCCAGCCAAUACCCGCCCAUCAACUCAGAUAGCCGUGAACAUUGGUAUUCCGACUUCGGCUCCGCCACAGGCUCCGGCUACCAGUCAGAAAGCCCUCGCAGCCACAGCUUUACCUGGUACUCCAAUUACAGAAAGCAUUAGGGGACCUGCAGCAAGCGAUGUCAUUGGACAAAGCCUUGAUCCCGGAAGCAAAAGCAAUAGUGGCGGCAGUGGCGGGGGUCCAACCCCAACGACGACCUCAGCCCGCCCAGUGUCACUUUCUUCCAUUGCAGCCGAUGCCCCAACAACAGCAUCGACACACGUGCCGGCUGAGCCGGAGAAAAGGGAUGGCCCAUCUGAAACGGAGAUCGCCGCUAUCAAGCGGCGAUGUGCAGCUAGUCUCCUGGCCGUGAUUCCACGCAUCCUCGCACGAACCUUCUUUGGUGUGUGCUCGUCGGCGCCUCCGCCCUGUAGCGGUGAUCGUACCUGCAGCACCAACAGUUCACUCUCCCCUUCCACCAUUUCCUCCCCGCCUCCUUCUGCGGACGGUGGGGAUCAGCAGCUUCGAACUGCACCCCAGGGGAACGAAUCAACCCCAUCGUCAUCGAUUUCGCAUUCGGGUUCAUCUCCAGUCCUGCCUGCAGGGAGUGGUCACCUUGCCGCUGAGCUUCUGCGCACAGAUGACGAUCCAGCUAGGGUUGGUUUGGAGGAAGAGUACCUCCUGGAUAGGAUCGAAAAUGAUAUUCUCGACAUUUUUGCGGAUGAGUACUGCAACAAACAUCUGAUCUAUUCCAUUAUUGAGACAGUACUGGCCAAGGUCCUCCCUGAGAUAUCCGAGCACAGCGUGGAAGACCUACUAGAGGACCGUGGGGUAGCACCAGUACCACCUGCAUUCUAA